AUGGCCCGUUCUAAGAAAACCCCAAACAAGAAGCCUUCGUCAGCCUCUACGUCCUAUUUUAUCGGAAACAAAGAAUAUCGCAUCAGACUCAAGCUGCUCAGGAUGAUUAAGAAGCUGCAGAUGUCUACAGAGCUAUGCAUCCCAAAACUAUCGUUUUCAAGACUUAUCCGAGAACUUCUCCAAAGUCAUAGUCGAGGGACACGGGAUCUUAGGAUUCAGAAAAGCGCGUUGCAAGCAUUGCACGAGGCCUCCGAGGCCUAUUUGACUGCACUGUUCGCUGACAGUAACUUGUUGGCGGCACAUGCACACCGCGUUACCAUAAAACCGGGGGAUAUGGCACUCUGCAUGUACAUAAGGAGGGAAAAAGAAGGUGGUUAA